AUGUAUCUCCCCCGCCAUACACUCAUCAGAACCUUCCUCCACCGCCGCCCCUUCUCCCAUUCCGCCGCCGCCAUCCUCCACCCUCCAGAGCCAGACCUAGAGCCUCUCACCUACCUCCCAGGCUUUCCAAAACCCGAACCUAAGUACGACGAGACCAUCCUCGCUAUCCCCCGCAGAGAUUCCGGGAAGAACAUUUCGGCAAAGGAGCGCAAAGUCGGCCGCGUUCCGAGCAUAGUCUUCGAACAGGAAGACGGCCAGCACGGCGGUAACAAACGCCUCAUUUCCGUCCGCUCCGAUCAGAUCAGGAAGCUCGUUAACCACCUCGGACGCUCGUUUUUCCUCUCACGUCUCUUCAAUCUACAAGUUCUUCACCAAUUCGACUCCGAUUCAAACGCUAACGUCGACGAUAUCAUUGAAAACGUUCGCGUUUUGCCCCGCAGUAUUCAUUUGAAAGCUGGCACAGAUGCACCUUUGAAUGUUACAUUUAUAAGGGCUCCGUCAGAUGCUUGGUUGAAAGUUGAUAUUCCUAUUGUAUUCAUAGGAGAUGAUAUAUCCCCUGGACUCAAGAAAGGUGCUUCUUUGAAUACCAUCAAAAGGACUGUUAAGUACCUAUGCCCUGCAGACAUUAUUCCUCCAUAUAUUGAAGUGGAUUUAAGUGAGUUAGAUGUGGGCCAGAAGGUGCUCAUGGGCGAUCUCAAAAUUCAUCCUGCAUUAAAACUUCUUCACUCAAAAGAUGAAGCUGUUUGUAAAAUUAUGGGCCAAAGGGUUUCUGAACUACAACCAAAGAAAUCCAAGUAA